AUGACCUUGGAUGCUGCAGCUGGUAGUGCAUUGAUGAACAAAAGUGUACGAGAUGCAAAACAGCUCAUAAAGGACAUGGCACAGAACCAUUUCCAAUGGUCAGGUGAGCGCUCUUUACCCAAAAAGAACGGGAGGUAUUAUGUAGAUGCAUUAGACCAUAUUACUUCUAAAGUAGAUGCUUUAUUUCAAAAUUUUGACAAGAUGAGCAUGAAUUCGGUAGCAUCUAACUCUACUAACUGUGAAAUAUGUGGUAUCAUUGGACAUUCUGCUAUGGAAUGUCAGAUUGGAAACUCCCCUUCUCCUGAUGCACCACUAUCUGAACAUGUUAAUUAUAUGAAUAAUUUUAAUCAAAAAGGGGAUCCAUUUUCAAAUACGUACAACCCGGGGUGA